UACCAUAUCAGUGGAAUUUUCUACACACACGAGAACGAAGUGGAACGCAAACAAAAUAAUAGGAUAAUAUCUAUCCUACGGUCGCUGGAAAAGAAAAACUUCAUUGUCAAGUGUUGGGGUCGCAUUCGCGACCCAGAUAUCAGCAGAGGUGGCGUGGGGUACGGCAGUAAUGGAAUUGCAGAGCUGGCUGCUCUAUCAUCUUGUAGCCGUAACCGACUGCAAUCAAGUUACUUUUGCCUGAGUUUCAACCGUGUGCUCACAGAACACUUCUUUAUUUCAUUCACAAUCCCGUUAUCGCCUAGAGGAAACAGCGGUCUACCAAUGUUUGAUGUGAUGCAGUCGGCGACUACAUUGAACGGCGGAUCUUAUCCCGCCGGAGGCACCGGAAGCCGCGCUCGUGAUUUAGGUCUUCGAGCGCAAAAAAAACUUCUCGGCAGAGUUGUAUCUACAGGGGCCGGAAGAUCGUUGCUGAUAGAUGACGCCACUACGUCACUUCUGGACAAUCUUUAUAAACUCAUGGAAAGAGCCGCGAAAACCAAUCCUAGUUUAGACAAGAAGCAACCAGAAAAGGUUUUAAAGAAUAUCGUUAAAUUGUCCAUUAAGGUCGGUCUUCUACAGCGUAAUCAACAAUUAAAUGUCGCUGAUGAUGCAAAACUUGCCGAAAUAAGAACUGCUCUUAGAGCCGUUGCAAUGUCUGUGGUUUCGUUUUAUGAACUAGAAUUCAGUUUCGAUAGAGUGUACUUAAUAAAGUCAUUAGAACGAUGUAGAACUGCGAUACAGGCACUUAUAAAGCCACAUCUUACAGAUAAAUCUCAAGAUCGGUGCGAUCAAGUGUUCGACUUUUUAACAUACUCUGAAUUUUUAGAUUCUGUUUUUAGGCAAGAUUCAGAACAUAGACCUAUUCUUGGGAUGUUAGUUAGUGAUAUAAAUAAGGCCUUAGAUGCUGGGCAUCUUUGAUUCCUUUUUAAAUGCGACUACAUUUUCGCGACCACUGCGGAGCACAAGCGAAAAUUACGUAUUUGCUAAAAUAAGAAGAUAAUAACUUUCCUCCGAUUAUUUUUUGAGAAAAGAAAGGAACCGAGAAAGAAAAAAAGAAACAAAAAAAUGAAAGUCCACGUGUAUGUGUGAUACCAGUUACUUAUGAUCGCCUGUAUAAGAUAAAAUAAUGAUGAAUAUGUUUUCGACAUGAGGGAAACGCUUUUAAGAUAUGACAUUCCCCGUGAGAUCGAUUUCACACAGUAGUGCUCACCAAUGUAUGCAAUAAUUGUGAAAUACUCUAUUUAUUUUCAGAAUGUAUAUUGUUACGAUCAGUGUAUAUUUAUUUACGACACUUGUGCGUUAGGAUACUAACUGUCAAUCUAUACCAAAAAAAGAAAUGAGCUUAUUUAUGCCCGAAAAUGGGUUCGUAGUAAAUGACGGUAGAAAUAAUUCCGUUAAUCCCGACAGAAUAGCGCGUAAAAAGAAGCAAUUUAUCACCGCCAAGAACGCACUAAUAGAGGUAUGUGCUCUAAAAUAUCCCUUUGGAGGUAUAAUCUUCCACUCAUCAAAGAGUUAUACUUCAACAUAUCGACGGGUAUAUCUAUACAAAUGGGUUGCCCUCCGCGUUUACUCGUAUUGUGCGCCUCUGAACAUUUUCAACACACAUAAUAAACACAACAUAUCUAAUAUAGUCAUGGCUAAGCCUCGGUAAUUGAAUUGAAAAACAUUUACAUCACAUGUACUACAAGUAUGUCGCAGUGUCGCGUGUUUUGUAUGCAUUAUACACUCUUUACACGUUAUUUGUGAUGAUUAUAAAUGAAAUAAAAAUCUUGUAUUGAUAUACCAUU